AAACAUAUUGUUUCCCUCCCUCUCUCUCUCUCUCUCUCUCUCUCUCUCUCUCUCUAGGAGGGUCGUCUCAUAUCGUCAUCUGUUUGGAUCGAACAGAGCAGAUUAAUUUUUUCUGAUUGUUUCUCGGGAAAAUAAAAAGCCAAGAAAGAAAAUUAAGGAGAAACAUGGUGAUGGUGGUGGAGGAAGAAAGAUCAAUGGAAGCAGGGCUGCUCCAACGCAGAGACCAAAACGACAGCGAAGAGUGUCGUAUCACUGCCUGUGUUAUCCUCAGCACCUUCGUCGCUGUUUGCAGCUCCUUCACCUUUGGUUGUGCUACUGGUUAUUCUUCAGGUUCAGAGGAAGGAAUCAUGGAAGAACUGGGGCUCUCUGUUGCACAAUUUUCGGCGUUUGGUGCGUUCUCAACGCUGGGAGCAGCGGUCGGGGCGCUGUUCAGUGGCAAAAUGGCCAUCAUCCUCGGCAGAAGAGGCACAAUGUGGGUGUCGGAUUUAUUCUGUAUCAUGGGUUGGCUCUCCAUAGCUUUCGCGAAGGAUGUCCUAUGGCUGGAUUUCGGGAGAAUAUCAUCGGGCAUUGGAGUCGGCUUGAUUAGCUACGUGGUUCCUGUGUAUAUAGCGGAAAUUACCCCCAAGCAUAUGCGUGGUGCGUUUGUGUUUUCCAACCAGCUCCUUCAAAAUUGCGGAAUUGCCAUGAUUUAUUUCUUUGGGAAUUUCAUUAACUGGAGAACGCUGGCCAUUAUAGGGGCUAUACCAUGCUUAGUUCAAGCCGUCGGGCUGUUUUAUAUACCGGAGUCUCCAAGAUGGCUGGCAAAAAUAGGCACCGAUAAAGAAGUCGAAAGUUGUCUACAUCGGCUCAGAGGAAGAGAUGUUGAUGUUUCACGCGAAGCCACGGAAAUCCGAGCUAUAACAGAAAUAUUGGAACAAGACUCGAAAUCGGAUUUUUCUGAUUUAUUCCAGAAGAAAUAUAGACGCACUCUCAUGGUGGGAAUCGGGUUGAUGCUGAUACAACAAUUCUCAGGAAGUGCCGGAGUGAUUUUUUAUGCAAGCACAAUCUUCAGAAAAGCUGGAUUUUCAGUGACAAUUGGGUCAACGAUAUUAGGUCUUUUCAUGAUACCAAAAGCCAUGAUCGGCCUCAUCCUUGUGGAUAGCUGGGGAAGACGACCUCUCCUUUUGGCUUCUGGUGCUGGGAUGUGCAUAAGUUCCAUGCUCUUGGGGGCUUCCUUCGCCUUACAGAAAUUUCAGCUUUUGCCGGAACUUACUCCUUUAUUCACGUUUCUCUGUGUCCUGGUAUAUAUCGCUACAUUUGCAGUAGGCGUGGGAGGGCUCCCAUGGAUCAUUAUGUCCGAGAUAUUUCCAAUAAAUAUAAAAGUAACGGCAGGGAGUAUAGUAACCUUAACCUCAUGGAUAAGCAGUUGGCUCGUUACUUACACUUUCAACUUCAUGUUCGAAUGGAGCACUCAAGGAACAUUUUAUAUAUUUUCGGUAAUAUGCGGAGCAUCGUUUGUAUUCAUAUGGAGGCUCGUGCCGGAAACCAAAGGACUCACGCUCGAAGAGAUUCAAGCCUCUCUCACCACUGCUCCCUCCUCCUCCUUGGAGUAAUUAUUUAUUAUUUUACUCUUCCUUUUUUGUAUUUUUUUUUUACUCUAUUUGUGUGUAUGCAAAUAAUAACCUUUUUUGUAAUUAUUAUUUGCAAAUUUUUUAUCUUAUGAUAAAUGAUAUCAUCUUUAUGUAAAAAUUUUCCUUUGAUAAAACGAAUAAUAAGA